CAAACCUUCCUCCGACGCUGGCCAAGUCUCAGGUCAGCAGCGUUCGAAAGAACCUGAAGCUGCACCUGGUGGCGGUGCUGAAGCACCCCUGCAGCCUGGAGUUCCAGGGUCAGAUCAGCACCCUGCUGCUGGACCUGGGCAUGCCUCAGAGCGAAAUCGCCCGCUACACCCCCGCGCCGCGGGAGCAGCGCAAGAGGCCUCGUUACGAGCAGUACGCCGAAGGAAAGAAGGUCAAGAUAGAGCCGCCGCUCAUUGAGGAUGAUGAGGACAAAGAGGAGCCGGUCCCCCUCGUGGCGCCGAAGCCGGUGGUGGUUCCCGUCGCUCAGUCGGCCAUCGACCUGACGGCAGAGUUCCUCCACCCUCUGCUGACCCCUGACAACGUAGCCAACAUGGUGCUCAUCAGCAUGGUCUACCUGCCCGACGUCAUGCCCGCCUCCUUCCAGGCCACCUACACGCCCGUGGAGUCGGCCGGCACCGACGCUCAGAUCAAACAUCUGGCUCGGCUCAUGGCCACGCAGAUGACYGCCGCCGGGAUCGGACCCGGUCUGGAGCAGUGCAAGGCCACCAAAGAGGAACCAGCUGACCCAGAAUCUGCUGCUGGGGACUUCCUGAUCAAACGUAAAGUCGCUCCUGUCAUGGUGGGUCAGGCCAUCUCUGUGGUGGGGGGGUACCAGGAGAAACCCACCUCCUCUGACCUGUCUGCAGCCAAGAGGCUCCCUGAACCCAUCCUGCCCUCCGCCCAGACCAAGAUGGCGGGGGCCGGCGGGAGGAAAAAGGUGUUCCGGUUGGCAGACGUGGUCCAGCCCUUUUCAGACUCGAAGAUCGAAGACCUGACCUCCAAGGCUGUGAGGCGGAUUUUAUUUUCAGAGAAGGCGAUCGCUCAGAGCGGGAUGUCUCAUGUCCGGGUGAAGCUCCUGUCCCGGCUCGUCACGCAGUUCGAGGGGAUGAUGAAGGAGGACGUCCUGGAGUUCAUCCUGGACGACAUCAGGGCGAGGAGCGACCUGGCGUUCUCGCUGCUCUACCAGGAGUACAACUCCUACCUGAGCCAGCUGCCCUCAGGGCUGCUGGACAGCUACGACCACUGCCUCUACACGCUGCUGUCGGGCCUGCAGGAGAAACCUGAGCAGCGGGACGGGCUCUUCACCAAGCUGGUCCUGGAGGCGCCCAUCAUCACAGAGUCUGCGCUGGAAGUGAUCCGACGUUACUGUGAGGAUGAGUCUCGGGUUUACCUGGGCAUGACGACGCUGAAGGAGCUGAUCGACAAACGUCCCUCCAGACAGUUCCAGUACCUGCACGUCCUCCUGGACCUCAGCUCACACGAGAAGGACAAGGUGCGCUCCAUGGCGCUGUCCUUCCUGAAACGCAUGUACGAGAAGGACCAGCUCAGGGACUACGUGGAGAGGUUUGCCCUGAACUACCUGCAGCUCCUCGUUCACCCGAACCCACCGACUCUGCUGUUUGGAGCCGACAAGGACACAGAGGUGGCGGCUCCUUGGACUGAAGACACGGUGAGRCAGUGUCUCUUCCUCUACCUGUCCCUGCUGCCUCUGAACCACCGGCUGGUCCACGAGCUGGCCUCCGUUUACACCGAGGCYAUCGCCGACAUCAAACGCAGCGUGCUCCGAGCCAUCGAGCAGCCCAUCCGGGGGAUGGGCAUGAACUCUCCUGAGCUUCUGCUCCUGGUGGAAAACUGUCCUAAAGGGGCGGAGACUCUGGUGACGCGCUGCCUGCACAUCCUGACUGAUAAAGUGCCUCCGUCCCCUGAGCUGGUGGARCGAGUCCGAGACCUGUACCACAAACGAGUUCCAGACGUCCGCUUCCUGAUCCCCGUCAUCAACGGGUUGGAGAAGAUGGAAGUUAUCCAGGCUCUGCCCAAACUGAUCAAGCUGAACCCCAUCGUGGUGAAGGAGGUCUUCAACCGCCUGCUGGGGACGCAGCACGGUGAAGGAAGCUCCUCKGUGUCUCCUCUGACUCCAGGAGAUCUGCUCAUCGCCUUACACAACAUCGACUCCAACAAGUGUGACAUGAAGUCCAUCAUUAAAGCGACCAACCUGUGCUUCGCGGAGAGGAACGUGUACACCUCGGAGGUGCUGGCGGUGGUGAUGCAGCAGCUGAUGGAGCAGAACCCCCUCCCCAUGCUGCUGAUGAGGACCGUCAUCCAGUCCCUCACCAUGUACCCCCGUCUAGGGGGCUUCGUCAUGAACAUCCUGUCCCGCCUCAUMGUCAAACAGGUGUGGAAGUAUCCCAAGGUGUGGGAGGGGUUUGUGAAGUGCUGCCAGCGGACCAAGCCUCAGUCCUUCAGCGUGCUGCUGCAGCUGCCGCCGGYGCCGCUGCAGAGCGUGUUCGAGCGCUGCCCGGACCUGAGGGCGCCGCUGCUGCAGCACGUCCUGUCCUUCACCCCUCACCAGCAGGCACACAUCCCCACCGCCGUCAUGGCCGUGCUGGAAGCCCACAAGAAACCUGAACCCGAGGAGCCCGUCAGGGAGGAGGAGGUAUUUGUUCUGCUCAGAUCGUCUCUCAGCUCAGGCUUUAUUCAGGAACUUUGUGCCCUUUUCAGGUGGAACGCAGUCCAGCUGCUGCGGAACAACCUGCCACCGUGGCGCAGACACAACCGCAAGUACCGGUGCACC